UGGUCACUUACCGUGUAUGAUUUAAUCACUUAUAAUAUGUACAAUUCUGCCUCAUUUAUGUACAGACUGCACUGAGACUUGUUCCUUUAGCAACGACGGUGAAUGCGAUGAUGGUGGUCCUGGUUCUAUAUAUAGUUUGUGUGCCCUAGGAACUGACUGUGCAGACUGUGGCGAAAGAACAUCAUACUGCACUGAUACUUGUUACUAUAACAACGACGGUGAAUGCGAUGAUGGUGGUGCUGGUUCUAUGUAUAGUAUAUGCGACCUAGGAACAGACUGUGCAGACUGUGGCGAUAGGGGAUCCAUACAACCAACUACACCAACAACUAAUAAUAAUUACUGCACUGAUACUUGUUACUAUAACAACGAUGGUGAAUGCGAUGAUGGUGGUGCUGGUUCUAUUUAUAGUUUAUGCGACCUAGGAACUGACUGUGCAGAUUGUGGCGAUAGAACUCUGACUGUGUGCACCAAUGAAUGUUACUGGAGUUACGACGGUGAAUGCGAUGAUGGUGGACCUGGUUUUGCCUACAAUCUAUGUGUUUAUGGAUCUGACUGUGAAGACUGUGGUGGCAGAGCGGGUUUAUCAAAGCGUUCAAACACCCCGACUGCCAGGAAGAGCGUGUUGAUGCAGAAGAUGAAAAAAUCCAAACUUGGCACUAACAAGCAAAGAAUAAAAAAUAGAUAAAAUCAUCCACGAAAUUGAAGCAAAAGUUGGUCUUGAUCCGUGCUGUAACUGGUCUUGAAUAUGAUUAAACAUCACGUGACAUAUAAUCAAGUAAUGAAUACAAUAUAAAUAAUUGAUUUCCUAACAAAAAUAUUAAUAAGCAAUAUUUCUAAUACAAAUCUUAAUUGGAGAGGUCAGAUAUGUUAAACAGGAGCAGUGCUGACAAUCUAUAUGUCAACAUUUUUUUGUGAGCGAACUGUUACUGUAUUGCAAUACAUUUUAUGUAACGUGUUGUGUAUUGAAAGUGUAUAUGAUUUGUAUAUGUUUCCAAAUAGAGAAUGCUCUCGGUAAAGUGAGCCUUAGUGACAAUAUUAACAUAUCCAUGUGUAAACAUUAUUCACAAAUAUACCGUUCAAUCGAUACAGCAUAUUUACGUUGAAAUAUAAGUUAAAUAACUAUUGUGUAAUUCUGUACCAUAUCGCGAAUCUCGUAUAAUUUGAAAAAUGGACCACACUCGCCUCUGCCUCUGCCAUUGAUGUGAUCUAAUGUAAUAUUAUAGUAUAGUGUUUUUAAUAAUAAAGAGCAUGAUAAAAU